CGGGUCCUUCCGGGGAGUGACAUUCACCGGCCGUUCGGGGAGAGGGACCGUCCGUCCUGGAGCCAUGGCCCAGUUCGUCCGCAACCUCGUGGAGAAGGCCCCGACGCUGGUGAACGCUGCUGUGACUUACUCCAAACCUCGAUUGGCCACAUUUUGGCACUACGCCAGGAUUGAGCUGGUUCCUCCGACCCCUGCUGAGAUCCCCACAGCUAUUCAGAGCCUGAAAAAAAUAAUCCAUAGUGCUCAGACUGGUAGCUUCAAACAGCUCACAGUUAAGGAAGCUAUGCUGAAUGGUUUGGUGGCCACUGAGGUGUGGAUGUGGUUUUAUAUCGGAGAAAUCAUAGGCAAGCGUAGCAUCGUUGGCUAUGAUGUUUGAAGACCAAUCUUAACAUCUGAUUCUUUUUGAUUUAUUACUUGAGUGUUCUUGGACAUACGUUCAGAGUAUUAUCUGAAUAAAAUGAGUCAAAUAUCA